AUAUCUAAUGUUGUAUAUUAUGAUCAAGCCCAAAAGUUAUAGCACUUCUCUCUCUUUUUCUUUUGGGUCAAAUAAUAAUACUAAAAAUAUGGAAAGAAAAAAGAUUGAAGAUGAGCUUGAUUGCAAAUCUAAUGCAAAUAAGAUUUGGGCAUCACUUAGGGAUCUCUACUAUGUUUACCCAAAAGCCUUUCCUCCUGGUACAUACAAAAGUAUUGAUGUUCUUCAUGGUGAUGGUGUUCACCCUGGUUCUAUUAGAGUCCGUACAUAUAAAGAAGGUUCUCCUAUUACGAUGUUCAAAGAAAAGAUUGAAGUUGUUGAUGAGGAAAAGAAGAUAUUUGGGUUUAGUAUUAUUGGUGGGGAUUUGUUAAAGGACUACAAAAGUUUCAAGAUGAGUAUCCAAGUGGUUCCUAAGGAUGAUGAUGAUGAUGGUAAUGAUCAAGGAAGUUUGCUUAAAAUGAGUUGUGAGUAUGAGAAGAUUGCUCUUCAUAAUCCUGAUCCAAUUCAUGUUAAGGAUUUUGCUUUCAAGCUCCUUAAACAACUUGAUGACUACACUGCGCCACAAUUAUAUGAUAAGAUUGUAUAAUUUAUAAUAUAUAUAUACCUAUAUAUUUAGGGACACGAUUUUGUCCGGUGAUAUACUUUUACGGACUGUAUUUCGUGAUGUACGGAAUACAUUAGAUGAGUCUCAGAGUACGUAAUAAUGGGUCUCGGGGUACGUUACUAUUUUUUAACCCUAAUUACCCCUAGAUCAAUUUCAGCAUUCAGAUCAAAUAACUCGCUCAUCUAACGACUGCCGUACAUCACAGAAUAUAUAAUAUCCUUAUAUAUUUAUAUAUAUAUGAUUGUGAUUUAUGAUCAAAUGAUCCAUCCCACUCUCAUUCAUCCUCGUACUAUUUAUAUAUAUAUCAUUAUCAUAUCAUGUGUGUAUGUAUAUGUGCCACUUAUUUGAAUAAAAAAAUUAUCUGAAUUGAAUUGUA